CAUCAGAAAGCUGACGGUCAAGAAACAGUCAGAUCAGAGAGCAGAGCAGAAGGAUGAAGUUCAACGGCGCUUUGAGUGUUUCUGUAAUCACACUUCUCUACAUAACAGGCUCACUCUGCCAGUUAGAUGUAUGCGGUCAAGCCCCUCUCAAUAACAAGAUUGUUGGAGGGGAGGAUGCGGCGGCAGGAGCUUGGCCGUGGCAGGUCAGCAUUUAUCUCUCCGGGUUAAGUCAUAACUGUGGCGGGACUCUCAUCAAUAAAGACUGGGUGUUAUCUGCAGCACACUGCUUCCAGAGUAUUGUAUUGUCUAAAGUUGUGAUGUACUUCGGUCGUCUGAGCCAGUCCGGCUCAAACCCUUAUGAGGUGUCCAGGACAGCGAGUCAAGUCAUUAACCAUCCUAACUAUAAUAGUGAUUCUAAUGACAAUGAUAUAGCUCUGGUCCAGCUCUCCUCCUCUGUGACUUUCUCUGAUUACAUUAAGCCGGUCUGUCUGGCAGCGACUGGGAGUGUGUUUGGAGGAGGGACAGAGAGCUGGGUCACUGGAUGGGGCAGACUACAAUCUGGAGGCAGCGUUCCUGACAUACUGCAGCAGGUGAUGAUACCAGUUGUGAAUAACAGUGCCUGUGCUAAAGCUUAUGAAGGGAUGUACACAAUUACGGGCAAUAUGGUUUGUGCUGGAUUGUUAAAUCAGGGAGGAAAAGAUUCAUGUCAGGGAGACUCUGGAGGUCCAAUGGUCAGCAAGAAUGGCUCCCUGUGGAUUCAGUCUGGCGUUGUGAGUUUUGGAGAAGGAUGUGCUGACCCCAGAUAUCCUGGUGUGUACGCCAGAGUCUCUGAGUAUCAGGACUGGAUCAAGUCUUUCACGGGUACCAACCCGCCUGGAUUUGUUCAAUUCGUUCAAACAUCCAACUCCAACUUCGGAAGCGUUCCCAGCCUCCUCUUACUCCCCCUUUCUCUCACAGUCUCCCUCAUUCCUUUCUCCCUUUUUUUCACUUCUUAAAGAUGUCUUGAACAGUAACCCUCAGGUUUGAUUGAUGAAGAGGACAGUUCUGCUGUACAUGCUCUCAUAAAUAUGAGAAACAGCCAUUGAAUCGUUAGAUUUGUCAUUUAUUCUUUUUUUAAUGUACUAUUCUUGAUAAGCUCUUUUUGACAUUAUAAGAGAAUAAUUAAGUUCAGCAUGCUUCUGUCCUUUUUUUAAAUAACAAAAACAAUCAGUUUUUGGUGUAUAUGUAUGAUUACCAACAUAGGUUCUGAAGCUCUGCAUUAGUUGUUGAAAAUGUGAGUAUAACUAUGCUGUAAUCACACUGUCUAAACAGAAUAAACACAAAGGAAGGAACUGACUUGGUGUAUUUUCUCUUGCCGUCUCUCUCUCACUUUCAUACUGUCCUAAAAUUUUUAUGUAAAGCCUGAUACAGGUUUUUUAAGAUUCAUUGAUGAAGACAAAGUAAUAAUAAAAAGUGAAAAA